UGGGUUUGCCACAUCAGCCAGCACUCUUGCUUGGAGCACAGGGUGCGCUCCUCUCCAGCUCAGUUUCUUCUGCUCUUGCAGCCAGGCAUCCUCGCUGCUGCUGCUUGCCUGUCCACCCUCCUGGGCUUGCAGCCUAUCGUUUGACUUUCUCCAGUUCUACUGCCAGCUGAGGAGACUCCCCACAGCUGCUGGCUCCUGCCUGGGACCAUGUGUACGGAUGCUGCACGGGAGAAGCAAGGCACUUGCUCCUGGCACGGGUCCCAGCUCAGUUUCUCCUGUUGACUUCUGGACCACAGAUGCUGCUGCCGAGGAGGUAUUUCCUGGCAUCUCUCCCUCUGCUAUCACCAGCUAAGGACUGGCCCCAAAUCAAGCAGGCAAGUGUCAGGAUGGGCCACGCUACACGAAGCCAACGCUAGGGCGCGAGGUGUGAAGAGUUGGCCAGAAUGACCAACUCCUCCUCCACUUCGACCUCCACCACUACCGGGGGAUCGCUGCUGCUGCUCUGCGAGGAAGAAGAAUCGUGGGCGGGCCGGCGGAUCCCAGUGUCUCUCCUGUACUCGGGCCUGGCCAUCGGGGGCACGCUGGCCAACGGUAUGGUCAUCUAUCUCGUGUCAUCCUUCCGAAAGCUGCAGACCACUAGCAACGCCUUCAUCGUGAAUGGCUGCGCCGCGGAUCUCAGCGUCUGCGCCCUUUGGAUGCCACAGGAGGCGGUGCUGGGGCUCCUGCCCGCCGGCUCCUCGGAGCCCCCGGGACACUGGGACGGUGGCGGAGGCAGCUACCGCCUGCUUCGGGGCGGGUUGUUGGGCCUCGGGCUCACCGUGUCCCUUCUGUCCCAUUGCCUCGUGGCGCUGAACCGCUACCUGCUCAUCACCAGGGCGCCUGCCACCUACCAGGUGCUCUACCAACGGCGCCACACGGUGGGCAUGCUGGCACUAUCCUGGGCGCUCGCCUUGGGUCUGGUGCUGCUGCUCCCGCCCUGGGCUCCCAAGCCCGGAGCGGAGCCCCCGCAAGUCCACUACCCCGCGCUCCUGGCGGCGGGAGCGCUGCUGGCGCAGACGGCGCUGCUGCUGCACUGCUACCUGGGCAUCGUGCGCCGCGUGCGCGUCAGCGUCAAGCGGGUCAGCGUGCUCAACUUCCACCUGCUGCACCAGCUACCCGGCUGUGCCGCCGCCGCCGCCGCCUUCCCCGCCGCCCCGCACGCGCCGGGUCCCGGAGGCGCCGCGCAUCCCUCGCAGCCCCAACCCUUGCCGGCCGCUCUGCAGCCUCGCCGGGCGCAGCGGCGUCUCAGCGGCUUGUCGGUGCUGCUGCUCUGCUGCGUCUUCCUGCUGGCCACACAGCCGCUGGUGUGGGUGAGCCUGGCCAGUGGCUUCUCCCUCCCGGUGCCCUGGGGCGUGCAGGCGGCCAGCUGGCUCCUGUGCUGCGCCCUGUCCGCACUCAACCCACUGCUCUACACGUGGAGGAACGAGGAGUUCCGCAGAUCCGUGCGUUCAGUCCUGCCUGGCGUCGGGGACGCGGCUGCGGCCGCCGCUGCCGCUACCGCGGUACCAGCCAUGUCCCAGGCGCAACUGGGUACCCGGGCGGCUGGCCAGCACUGGUAACACACCUUGCUUAGAGAGGCUUCCUAAGCCACCUGCCGCACCGCCUCCUUCUUUUGUAAGCUAUCCCCAGCCCCAGGGAAGAUCCCAGUGGAGAACAUUUUGCCUCCCUUCCCAGUGCAAUACCUGAACCAAGGUCUUCCCCUAAAGGGAGUCCCAAUUGUGCGUGGCCAUUUGACGUUUACCCUUUUGUUUCUGUGUUUUAAAGACACCCGUAGGUCCUUCCAGACACCCAGACUGCAAGGACUUGUAAACUGGCAUUUUAAGAGAACCAGUUAAUUUAUUUCAAGUUUGCUUUUGAAAAAGAGCUUUCAUAUCAUAAUAUACAACCCUUCCAACCUCUACCGUCUUAUAUACGAAGCGCCUUGAGUGUGUGUGUGUGUGCAUGAGCCGAAGGGAAUACCGUUGAGGAAGAGACUGUGUGUAGAUAAUAUCCUAACCACACUUCCUUCUGUUAGAGUUUAGUCUUUGUAUAUUGACCUCGAAGAAUGAAAGCACAGGUGUGUAGACCGUCGUGAGUUGCCACUAAGACCUCAGGCCCUUUAUUCUUAAAAGGGCUUUUUUAUUGAGUCAUUUUUGCAAUGAGAUUGACCCUCAGCCAGUGAGGAAACAAACCAAAUUUAUUAUUUUACUCUCCUCUCUAUUCAUUUCUAAGGUGGAAAGCUACCGUCGAGUGUUAAAGUGAAAAAACGUCAAGUUUUGGAUUGGUCUGAAACCAGAAAUGGAAUUUUGAAAGCAAAAAAAAAAGGGGGGGGCUAUCUAUUUUGGGUAGCACUUUCACAUACUCUGAAGCAUGCACACUUCUUGCUACCCACAUUUGUAACCGAUUUAUUUGCCUCUGAGUGUGAUUGCAGCUUUGAACAUUCUGUACUAUAAUGGUUGCUAAGGAGAAUGACUCCUGUAGUCUCUUUAAAAUAUCUCAAUGCACAUGACAUAAUUAAACACUAAUACCAUAAUUGCAUAGCUAAUGUUAGCUGCCAUUGCAUGCUCCUAGAUGCUAGAACUUACUGGGCAUGUGGUACACAAAGCAAUACCCAUUAGACAUGGACAUUUUAUUUCUUCCAGACACCAGAAGAAAAAGUCUUUUAAUCAUUUGAAAAGAGAUGGAGAUGACCCUGUGGCUCCCUGGAGCUCUUGUCUUGACCUAGUUUAUGACAAAACUCCCAUUUGGGGACUUGAUCUCCCAAAUGAAACCAAUGGUCAGGGUGAUAAAAUAACAGAUUGGCUCCACCAAGUUACUGUGCAUUUUAAGGGUUAAACAAGCCACACAUUAGGAAGUAACACUGUUUUAUGUUGUUCAUAUAUAUUACAAAAACAUUUACUAUUAGUAUCAUGUCUGUUGAAGACGGAAUCGGACAGACAGUUAUGCAGAAAGGGAGUGUUUUGAAUGGGACUCUGUUCUCCAAUGUAUCAAUUGAGGUUUGCCGUCUUCGACUUCCUAAAUGUAUUUAGAUGCAGUUACAAUGUACAAAAAACACACUUCAUUUUGUAAAAUUAAACAGGGAAGAAAGUAACAAGAGGCCUAGACGUGUCUGUUAUCCACAUAAAAUCUGGGGCCAAAUAGCCUCAAUAAACUGUGUAAUACAGGAGCAAAGACAGCUUGCUUUGUUGCACUCUUGGAUCAAGAAUGGUAAGAACAUUUGUACAUUUGAAAAAUUAUGGGAGACAUGGGAAACAGAUAUUUUAUAGUAAGACAAAAUAAAAUAAAUAUGUUUGUCACUAACAAUACAUUGGUAGUCAUGUCAUUAACCAACUCUGUGCAUGUGCCAUUUUUCUCUUAUGAAGAUUUCUUCUGUUUCCAGUUUCCUGGAUUCAGAUAUUUAAUUAAAGUUUAGAUAAUGCU